CUCCUCCUGCAAGCAAAUCAACCCCCCAGUCCCUUUUUGACAUGCAACCCUCUUUCGGUUGGGACAAGCCGGAAUGCCACUGCAGCUUUAAACGGAAUUGGGGAAAACUGGGGAUUUUUGCUCUCAUGACGGUGGAAGUGAGCUACUGGAGUCGGAUUCUUCUGCUGUCGGUGGGGGUUUUGGCAACAUCAGCCGCCGCCCAGAACUGCAGUUACGUUUUGCGAGGUCCAAACGGGACAAUACAGAGUCCGGGAUUCCCGUACGGCUACCCAAAUUAUGCAAACUGUACGUGGACAAUCACCGCCUUGGAGCAGAACAGAGUGCAGCUUGUUUUCCAGUCCUUUGCGCUAGAGGAGGAUUUCGAUGUGUUAUCUGUCUACGAUGGGCUGCCCCAGCAGGGAAAUCUAAGAACGAGGUUAACAGGUUUCCAGCUGCCUCCUCCCAUCGUGAGUACAGGGGUGGUGCUGUCUUUGUGGCUUGUAAGCGAUUAUGCUGUCAGUGCUCAAGGAUUUCAGGCGAACUAUGAAGUUUUACCAAGCCACACAUGUGGAAAUCCAGGACGGCUACAGAAUGGAAUCCAGCAGGGGACGACAUUCAGCGUGGGCGACAGAGUGCGUUACAGCUGCAACCCCGGCUUCUUCCUGGAGGGUCAUGCACUGCUCACGUGCCACGCAAGCUCGGAGAACUCCGCCUCCUGGGACUUCCCUCUGCCCUUUUGCCGAGCUGAUGACGCAUGUGGUGGGACGCUUCGGGGUCAGAGUGGAAUUAUUUCAACCCCGCAUUACCCUUCGGAGUACAGCAACAACGCCGACUGCACGUGGACCAUUCUAGCAGAGCCGGGGGACACCAUCGCUCUGGUGUUCCUGGAUUUCCAAUUAGAGGACGAAUACGACUUUUUAGAGGUCACUGGAACGGAAGGCUCCUCCCUAUGGUUUACAGGAACGAAUCUUCCUGCGCCUGUAAUCAGCAGCAAAAAUUGGCUCCGCCUUCACUUUAUGUCAGACGGCAACCACAGGCAGAAAGGCUUCAGUGCACAAUACCAAGUCAAGAAACAAAUGGAAAUGAAGUCCCGGGGAGUGAAAUUGAUGCCGAGUAAAGGCACGAACCAGAAGACAUCUGUAUUAACACAGGUUGGUGUGUCCCAGGGACAUAACAUGUGUCCGGACCCUGGGAUUCCAGAUCGAGGCAAAAGGAUAGGCAAUGAUUUCAGGUUAGGAUCCAGCGUCCAGUUCACCUGCAAUGAAGGCUAUGAUUUGCAAGGCUCCAAAAGCAUCACCUGUAAGAAACUGAGUGGCAUGAUAGCAGCCUGGAGUGACCAAAGGCCAGUGUGUAGAGCUAGGAUGUGUGAUACAUACCUUCGAGGCCCCAGCGGCGUUAUCACAUCUCCCAACUACCCUGUCCAGUAUGAUAACAAUGCCUAUUGCGUGUGGGUGAUAACAGCAGUCAAUCCAGCCAAGGUUCUCAAGCUCAACUUUGAAGAAUUUGACUUGGAGAGAGGAUAUGACACACUAACCGUGGGGGAUGGAGGUCAGGUUGGAGACCAGAAGAGUGUGCUCUAUGUUUUAACAGGUACAACAGUUCCUGACCUGAUUGUCAGCACCCAACAUCAGAUGUGGCUUUUAUUCCAGACAGAUAGUGUGAAGAACCUACUGGGGUUCAAAGCAACCUAUGAAGAAAUUGACCAGGGGAGUUGCGGAGAUCCAGGUGUGCCUGCCUACGGCAAGAGAGAAGGGUCAACCUUUCGCCACGGGGACUCGUUGAUGUUUGAAUGCCAGCCUGCAUUUGAACUGAAAGGACAGAAAACGAUCACUUGUCAAAAGAGUAGCCAGUGGUCCUCUCAGAAACCUAUCUGUGUUUUUUCCUGCUUCUUCAACUUCACUACCCCAUCUGGCAUCGUGCUCUCCCCAAACUACCCUGAGGAAUAUGGCAGCAGCCUUCACUGCGUCUGGUUAAUCAUCGCAAAACCUGAAAGCCGGAUCCACCUGGCCUUUAAUGAUUUCGACGUGGAGCCACAGUUUGACUUCUUGGCCGUCAAAGAUGGCGGAACUGCCGAAUCGCCUGUCUUGGGGACGUUUUCCGGGAGCCAACUGCCAUCUUCUCUCACUAGCAGCGGCCAUGUCACCAGAUUGGAAUUUCAGACGGACCACUCCACUGAGAAGCGAGGAUUCAAUAUCACAUUUACCACCUUCAGACACAACGAGUGCCCGGAUCCAGGAGUGCCAGUCAACGGGAAGCGGUUUGGUGAUAGUCUUCAACUUGGGAGCUCUGUGUCCUUCCUGUGUGAUGAGGGAUUCAUUAGGACACAUGGCUCAGAAACGGUCACCUGCGUAUUGAAGGAAGGCAAUGUGGUUUGGGACAAUGCUGUCCUGAGAUGCGAAGCUCCAUGUGGUGGUCAUCUGACCUCUCCAAGUGGAAUGAUCCUAUCUCCAGGAUGGCCAGGAUUCUACAAGGAUUCUCUGAACUGUGCAUGGGUCAUAGAAGCUCAACCAGGAUACCCAAUCAAAAUUACAUUUGACAGAUUUAAAACAGAGGUGAAUUAUGACACACUGGAAGUGCGCGAUGGCAAGUCCUAUUCAUCCCCUCUGAUAGGUGUCUAUGACGGGACUCAGGUCCCCCAGUUCCUCAUCAGCACCAGCAAUUUCCUCUACCUCCUCUUCACCACCGACAAGAGCCACUCUGAUGUUGGCUUUCAGAUCCGCUAUGAAACGGUAAAACUCCAGUCGGAUCACUGCUUGGACCCAGGGAUCCCUGUCAAUGGGCAACGGCAUGGGAAUGAUUUCUACGUGGGAGCCCUGGUGACCUUUGGCUGCGACCCAGGCUACACCUUGAGUGACAGUGAAGCUCUGGAGUGCGAACCUAAUUUCCAGUGGAGCAGGCCUCUUCCUAGCUGUGAGGCUCUCUGCGGGGGCUACAUUCAUGGAUCCAGUGGCACCGUGCUAUCGCCAGGCUUCCCAGAUUUCUACCCCAACAAUUUAAACUGCACUUGGAUCAUAGAAGCUUCACAUGGCAAAGGUGUCUUCUUCACUUUCCACACCUUCCACUUGGAGAGUGGCCAUGACUACCUCCUGAUCACUGAGAACGGCAGCUUCAGCCAGCCCCUCAAACAGCUCACCGGCUCCCGCCUGCCCUCCCCUUUCAGCGCUGGCCUCUUUGGGAACUUCUCUGCUCAAAUCCGCUUCAUCUCGGACUUCUCCAUUUCUUAUGAGGGCUUCAACAUCACCUUUUCAGAAUAUGACUUAGAACCUUGCGAUGAGCCUGAGGUGCCGACCUACAGCAUCCGGAAGGGCCUUCAGUUUGGUGUGGGGGACGUCUUGACCUUCUCCUGCUUCCCCGGGUACCGGCUGGAGGGUGUCUCACGCAUAACCUGCCUGGGUGGUAGACGGCGUGUGUGGAGUUCGCCUCUGCCAAGGUGUGUUGCUGAAUGUGGCUCCUCCGUAACUGGGACUCAAGGUGUUCUGUUGUCCCCAAACUAUCCACUUAACUACAACAACCACCAUGAAUGUAUCUACUCCAUCCAGACACAGCCAGGAAAAGGAAUUCAGCUCAAAGCCCGGGCUUUCAAUCUGGAGGCCCGGGAUGUCCUCAAGAUCUAUGACGGCAGCAAUAACUCGGCCCGCCUUUUGGGCUCCUUCAGCCGAACAGAGAUGUUGGGCCUGAGUGUCAACAGCACCUCCAGCACCAUGUGGCUCGAAUUCAUCUCAGAUGGCAACAGCACAAGUCAAGGCUUCGAACUGCAGUUUUCUAGUUUCGAGCUGAUCAAGUGUGAGGACCCUGGCAUCCCACAAUUUGGCUACAAAGUCCGUGACGAGGGGCACUUUGCCGGCAGCUCGGUCUCAUUCAACUGUGACCCUGGCUACACUUUGCGAGGGAGCCAGGUGCUGGCCUGCUUGACCGGGGAGCGACGCACCUGGGACCAGCCACUCCCCAUCUGCGUAGCGGAGUGUGGGGGGAGCAUCAGAGGCGAGUCUUCAGGGCGCAUCCUGUCUCCAGGGUACCCAACACCCUACGACCACAACCUCAACUGCGUCUGGACAAUCGAGGCAGAGGCUGGUUGCACAAUAGGGCUCCAUUUCAUGGUUUUUCACACAGAGGAGUUCCAUGAUGUUCUGAGAGUCUGGGAUGGACCAGUGGAGAAGGGAAUUCUCCUGAAGGAAGUGAGCGGUUCUGUCCUGCCCAGUGAUAUCCACAGCACUUUCAACUCGGUGGUCCUCCAGUUCAACACUGACUUUUUCACCAGCAAGCAGGGCUUCGCCGUUCAGUUUUCAGUGUCUACUGCAACCUCCUGCAAUGACCCCGGAGUUCCUCAGAAUGGAAGCCGGAGUGGCGACAGCAAGGAGGCGGGCGACGCCAUCGUUUUCCAGUGUGAUCCCGGUUACGCCCUGCAGGGGGACGCGAAGAUCAACUGUGUGCAGAUUGAGAACAGGUUUUUCUGGCAGCCCGACCCCCCCACCUGCAUAGCUCCCUGUGGCGGGAUCCUGACUGGGCCUUCUGGGGUGAUCUUGUCCCCAAACUACCCAGAGCCUUACCCCCCAGGAAAGGAGUGUGACUGGAAGCUGACGGUCUCUCCCGAUUACGUCAUUGCCCUGGUGUUUCAUACCUUCAAUUUGGAACCAGGAUAUGAUUUCUUACACAUCUAUGAUGGGCCCAGCUCACUUAGCCCCUUGAUUGGUAGUUUCUAUGACACCCAGCUACCAGAGAGAAUUGAGAGCAGUAGCAACACACUCUUCCUGGCCUUUCGGAGUGAUGCCUCUGUCAGCAACACGGGAUUUGUAAUCCACUACACAGAAAACCCAAGGGAAUCCUGCUUUGAUCCUGGCUUGAUUAAGAAUGGAACUCGGGCUGGUAGUGAAUUGAAACUGGGAUCAGCGAUCACAUACUACUGUGACAGUGGCUAUAUGAUUGAGGGGGUGUCCACUUUGACAUGCAUCAUGGGAGGAGAUGGAAAGCCUGUGUGGAACAAACCCCGACCUAUGUGUACAGCACCGUGUGGAGGCCAGUACACGGGUUCGGAUGGUGUUGUCCUGUCUCCAAACUAUCCCCGAAACUACACCAGUGGUCAAGUGUGCCUGUAUUUCAUCGUUGUGCCCAAAGACUAUGUGGUGUUUGGUCAGUUUGCCUUCUUCCAGACGGCUCUCCAUGAUAUCAUUGAAGUGCAUGACGGUCCUAACCAGCAUUCCCGUCUCCUCAGCUCUCUCUCUGGUUCUCACACAGGAGAAGCGUUGCCUCUGGCCACCACCAACCAAAUCCUGAUCAAGUUCAGUGCCAAAGGUCAAGCUACUGCCAAAGGUUUCCAUUUUGUCUACCAAGCGGUUCCGCGAACUAGUGCCACACAGUGCAGCUCUGUGCCCGAACCCCGAUAUGGCAGGCGGAUAGGAAGUGAUUUCUCCGUGGGAGCUGUGAUCCGGUUUGAGUGCAGUGCUGGUUAUGCCCUCCAGGGGUCCCGUAGCAUCGAGUGCCUGACAAUGCCCGGAGCCUUGGCUCAGUGGAACUCCUCUGUGCCUACCUGUGUUGUGCCCUGCGGUGGAAAUUUAACUGAGCGAAAAGGCACCAUUUUGUCCCCUGGGUUUCCUGAGCCCUAUCUGAACAGCCUCAACUGUGUGUGGAAAAUAACCGUCCCUGAAGGAGCUGGAAUACAGAUCCAAGUGAUCAGUUUCGUCACAGAACAGAACUGGGAUUCUCUAGAAGUCUUUGAUGGUGGCGAUAACACAGCCACCAUGCUGGGCAGCUUCUCAGGAACCACGGUCCCUGCAUUGCUGAACAGCACCUCCAAUCAGCUCUAUUUGCAUUUCUACUCGGACAUCAGCGUCUCUGCCGCAGGAUUUCACCUCGAGUACAAAACCGUAGGCCUAUCCAGCUGCCCAGAACCCAACGUCCCCAGCAGUGGUCUGAAGAUUGGGGAAAGAUACCUGGUAAACGAUGUGGUCUCCUUUCAAUGUGAGCCAGGCUACGCACUCCAGGGACAUUCUCACAUUUCCUGCAUGCCAGGGACUGUCCGGCGCUGGAACUAUCCACCUCCGCUGUGCAUUGCUCAGUGCGGUGGGACCAUGGAAGAGAUGGAAGGGGUAAUUCUGAGCCCUGGCUUCCCAGGAAACUACCCUAGCAACAGCGACUGUACAUGGAGGAUAUCCUUUCCAGUGGGAUUCGGUGCUCACAUCCAAUUCUUGAACUUCUCCACCGAGCCAAACCAUGACUUUGUCGAAAUCCGCAACGGGCCAUACGACACCAGCAACAUCAUCAGCCGGUUCAGUGGGACGGACCUCCCGGGCUCCCUCCUGUCCACAUCGCAUGAGACCACCGUUUAUUUCCAUAGUGACCACUCACAGAACAAGCCUGGCUUUAAGGUCGAAUACCAAGCCUAUGAGCUCCAGGAAUGCCCCGACCCAGAGCCGUUUGCCAAUGGCGUUGUGAGAGGUGCCGGUUACAGCGUGGGCCAGUCCAUUUCCUUUGAGUGUCUCCCUGGCUAUCAGCUGAUUGGCCACCCCGUCUUGACCUGCCAGCAUGGAACCAAUAGGAACUGGGACCACCCAUUGCCCAGGUGUGAAGUCCCCUGUGGAGGAAAUAUCACUGCACACAAUGGCACCAUCUACUCACCUGGCUUUCCCAAUCAGUAUCCCAAUUCCCAGGACUGCACAUGGCUACUCACUGUGUCAGCAGGAUAUGGCAUCUACCUCAACUUCACUUUGCUGCAAACAGAGCCGUAUAAUGACUUCAUCACUGUCUGGGAUGGGCCUCAGCAGACAGCUCCGCAGCUGGGCGUUUUCACAGGAAACUCAGCUAAGAAAACCACCCAAAGCACUUCCAACCAGGUCCUCCUGAAAUUUUACAGCGACACGGCCAACGGAGGGAUCUUCGCCAUCCAUUUCUAUGCCUAUCAGCUUUCUAGAUGCCAGCCUCCAACUAUGGUCCCCAAUGCUGAAAUCAUCACUGAGAAUGAGGAUUACAACAUAGGUGACAUCAUUAGGUAUCGGUGUCUUCCUGGCUUCACCUUGGAGGGAAAGGAGAUCCUGACCUGCAGGCUUGGUACCCAUCUCCAGUUCGAAGGGCCUCCCCCAACCUGUGAAGUUCCUUGCCCAAUGAACGAGGUCCUCGCAGACUCCAUGGGAGUGAUCCUGAGCCCGACCUUCUCAGGCAGCUACCCCCACUUUCAGACUUGCUCUUGGGUGGUCAAGGUGGAGCCUGAAUACAACAUCACCUUCACCGUGGAGUAUUUCCUGAGUGAGAAGCAGUACGAUGAGUUUGGGAUAUUUGAUGGACCUACAGGCCACAGCCCGCUGUUGCUUUCUCUAAGUGGGAAUUACUCUGCCCCACUAACAGUAACGAGCACAGGCAACAGAGUCUAUCUCCACUGGUCCUCUGACCAUGCUUACAGCAGGAAGGGCUUCAGGAUCCGCUAUUCAGCCCCUUAUUGCAGCCUCCCUCCACCUCCUCUCCAUGGCUCCAUCCUCAGCCACACCGGCCUACAGCCAGGAAGCACCAUCCGGUUUGGUUGUGACCCCGGCUACCGCCUUGUCGGCCACAGCUCUUCAGCGUGUUCGAGGCACCCGCAGGGAUACUUCCGCUGGAACGAAGCCAUUCCUCUAUGCCAAGCUAUUUCCUGCGGAGUUCCCAGAGCACCAAAGAAUGGGUUCGUUUUUGGCAAGGAAUACACGGUGGGCACCAAAGCGGCCUACCAGUGCAAGCCGGGCUUCCACCUCCAAGGCCAAGAGGCUUCCAGUGCGGAGUGCCUGCCAAGCGGGCAGUGGAGCAAUGGCAACAACCCUCUCCCAUGCGCGGCGGUCAGCUGCCCUGACAUCGGCAGCAUUGCUGUGGAGCAUGGCAGAUGGAGGCUGAUCUAUGAGACCCAGUACCAGUUCAACGCCCAGCUGAUGCUAAUCUGUGACCCUGGCUACUACUACAUGGGGCACCGGGUCAUCCGGUGCCAGGCCAGCGGGAAGUGGAGCAUAGGAGAGCCCAUGCCAACCUGCAGAAUCAUCUCCUGUGGAGACCUGCCUGUGCCAUCCAAUGGGAACAGGAUUGGGACCUUAACCACCUACGGUGCUACUGCCAUCUUCUCCUGCAAUACCGGGUACACCUUGGUGGGCUCACGUGUGCGGGAGUGCAUGGCAAAUGGCCUCUGGAGCGGACUAGAAGUGACGUGCCUAGCGGGUCACUGCGGUGAACCUGGCCUCAUCGUCAAUGGUCAGAUAAAUGGUGAGAACUACAACUACCGGGGCAGCGUGGUGUACCAGUGCAACCCUGGCUUCCGGCUCAUCGGGAUGUCUGUCCGGAUUUGCCAGCAAGACCAUCGCUGGUCUGGAAAGACUCCUGUCUGUGUGCCCAUCACCUGCGGUCACCCAGGCAACCCAGCCAACGGCCUGACACAGGGCAACCAGUUCAACCUGAAUGACGUGGCCAAGUUUGUGUGCAACACUGGGUACCGCCUGGAAGGGUCAUCCAAGUCCCAGUGCCUGGCAAAUGGCCAGUGGAGUAACACCUUGCCUGUCUGCCGCAUUGUAAAUUGUACUGACUCCGGGCACCUGGAAAACAGCGUCCGACAAGUGCAGCCGAGUGGGCCUCACAGAUACAGCUUUGGAACGGCAGUCUCUUAUCAGUGCAACCAUGGAUAUUACUUACUGGGCACCCAUGUCCUUACCUGUCAGGGGGAUGGCACUUGGGAUCGGCCGCUCCCAGUGUGUCAUUUGGUCUCCUGCGGUCACCCUGGAUCCCCGCCUUAUGCCCAGAUAUUGGGUGAGGUCUACACAGUUGGGUCUGUGGUGCGUUACAGCUGCCUGGAAGGGAGGAGCUUGAUUGGCAAUUCCACCCGCAUGUGCCAACUGGACGGACGCUGGAGUGGCUCUCUGCCUCACUGCUCAGGAAGCAUCCAAGGUCUGUGUGGUGACCCCGGAAUCCCCUCUCAUGGCAUCCGGCAUGGUGGGAAUGAGUUAGGCGUGGAGAGCACUGUCUGGUUCAGCUGUGAGCCGGGCUACACGCUCCGUGGCUCGCUGCAGAGAAUGUGUCAAGCCAACGGGUCCUGGAGUGGCACUCAGCCAGAAUGCGAAGUUAUUUCUUGUGGAAACCCUGGGACUCCCAGCAACGCAAGACUGAUAUUUAAUGACGGCCUGGUGUUCUCCAGCUCCAUCAUAUACAAAUGCCGGGAUGGCUAUUACUCCACAGGUGUGCUCAGUAGGCAUUGCACUGUCAAUGGAACUUGGACCGGGAGUACUCCGGAGUGUACGGUGAUAAACUGUGGGGAUCCCGGCGUGCCGGCCAAUGGCAUUCGAUUGGGCAAUGACUUCACCUUCAAUAAGAGUGUCGUGUUCCAGUGCCUGCCCGGCUACAUGAUGGAGUCGGACAGAGCGUCUGCUUUGACUUGCACUAAGGACCGGACUUGGAAUGGCACAAAACCCGUCUGCAAAGCUAUCAUCUGUAAGCCUCCACAAGUCGUCCCCAAUGGAAAAGUUGUGGGGUCAGAUUUCAGCUGGGGCUUGAGUGUGAGUUACACCUGCCUGGAAGGGUAUCAGCUCUCGCUGCCUGCUGUCCUGACUUGUGAAGGGAACGGAUCAUGGAGUGGAGAAAUCCCACAGUGUUUUCCUGUUUUCUGUGGCGAUCCAGGAAUCCCGGCCGAAGCGAGGCGUGAAGACCGAGGCUUUACCUACCGUUCCUCCGUCUCGUAUACUUGCUCACCCCCACUGGUGCUGGUGGGGUCAGGUCGGAGGUUCUGCCAGUCUGAUGGGACAUGGAGUGGAAGUCAGCCAAGCUGCAUAGAUUCAACUCUUACAUCAUGUGUGGAUCCAGGAGUGCCCCUUUUUGGGACACAAAACAAUUCCCAAGGUUAUCAGGUCGGGAGUGUCAUCUUUUUCAAGUGCCACAAAGGACACCUGUUGCAAGGAUCCACCACGAGAACCUGCCUCCCCAAUCUGACGUGGAGCGGAGUGCAGCCAGGUUGCAUCCCUCACAACUGCAAGGAGCCGGAGACCCCAACCCACGCCAAUGUGGGCGCUCUGGACCUGCCGUCCCUCGGAUACACCUUGAUCUACUCUUGCCAGAGCGGCUUUUACCUCACCGGAGGCUCAGAGCACAGGACCUGCAAAGCGGAUGGCAGCUGGACAGGGAAACCCCCUAUUUGCCUGGCAGACGUCCGACCCAGUGGGAGGCCAGUGGGCACAGCGAGGGACCCGCCCCUUCCAAAAGUGUCAGUUCCUGCUGAUGUCUUUGCAAAAAACUCCUUUUGGAAAGGCUCAUAUGAGUACAUGGGCAAGAAGCAGCCAGCCAUGCUGUCCGUCACAAGCUUUGAUCCAGUCACCAGUAAAGUCAACGCCACCCUAAUAGACCACAGCGGCGUGGAGUUGCAAGUGUCUGGUAUUUACAAAAGAGAAGACGUGCAUCUCCUUCUUCAGGUGUACCAGAUUACAGGUCCGGUGGAGAUCUUCAUGAACAAAUUCAAGAAUGAUAAGUGGGCUUUAGAUGGGCAUGUCACCCCGGAAUCAUCCAGCGGGAUGUUCGUCUACCAAGGUUUUGUGCAUGGCAAAGGUUUUGGACAGUUUGGCCUCCAGAGGCUAGACAGCAGCAGCGUUGAACAGGAGUCCGAGUCGAUGGGACAUCCGUUCGCAUCCAACAGCAGUUCAGUGGCAGCUGCUAUCCUUGUGCCUUUCAUCGCCCUGAUUAUUGCAGGGUUUGUGCUCUACCUUUACAAGCACAGAAGGAGACCGAAGGUGCCAUUCAAUGGCUAUGCUGGCCAUGAAAACACCAAUGUCCGAGGAACAUUUGAAAACCCCAUGUACGACCGCAACUUGCAGCCCACGGAUAUCAUGGCCAACGAGGCCGAGUUUACAGUCAGCACUGUGUGCACUGCGGUAUAGCACUUACAAUCCU